UUUUUUUUAAAAAAAAAUGAGUAAUUUUUCAAAAUAGUGUAUUAUGUGCAUGAUUGGGGCAUAAUAAGUUACCAUUGUAUUCUUUUUAAUAUUUAUUUUGUAUCCAAGUUAUAAUGUCACGUAUGUCAGAAUUAAUUGAACGAUUGAAAAAGAUCGCAGAAGAAGAACAAUUGAUUAAGCUAGAGUUACAGAGUCAAAACUUAGAAGAAGCAUACGAGAUUAUUAAUGCAGAAGGAUCUAAAAGAAAAUCAAAUCGAGUUGAGAACAUUCGAAAACAAAAGAAAAUAGCAAAGGUUGCAGUGGAUAAAAUUCGUAUCAAAGGCCUAAACGGCACUAUUGGAAGUAAUUUAAUCCGAUUAGCAGAUGAGAUCGUCAUUAAAGACAAACGCAGCCAAUAUUUUUCUUAUCUUUCCAGGAAUUCAAUUCUUGAUAUAUCAAACAAUAAAAAGAAUAGCCAAGUCGCUCUCUUGGGUGGCGCAUUCGUCAAGGGAUUCUUAAAGAAAUACGAGUAUCCUCAACCUGAACCAUGGAGCUUACCUACACCUUUCAAUUUUGAGAAGUGUGAUGGUACUAGGUCCUUAUUGCAAAAAUAUAAAGAGAUAGAUAUCUAUCAACCUCGAGAUGAAUAUGAACGCAUUCUGAAGAGAAUCAGCGUACAUAUCUUGUAUCCUUUUGCGUACAAUAUUUCCUCUUUGGAGGAUAAUUAUUUGAAGCAAUGUUCAGAGCAAACCCUUUUGGUUCGAUAUUGGGCAAACCUGUUCGAGUACUAUUUUAGUACUGAACAAAAUGUAUUUCUCCAAUGGGGAGAUACUAUUUCAUUAAGCUGCAAGCAAGCAAAGUUGUUGUUCAAGCUCGACAUUAGGCUUAUAUCUAAGAAGCAUACUAGUGAAAUGGACGUCGCAAAUGGUGAAGUAGCGUCUGUAGCUUCUAGUACAAAGUCAAAGUAUUAUAUAGAUGCCUUGAAACUUACUUUGUCAUCAAAGCAACAUUUGAAUGACUUUGUUUCAUCGCUACCACUUUUAACUGCUGAAGAUGUUGUUCAAAUUAAAAUGCCAAUUAUACAAAUUUUGGGAAUGAAUUGUCACAUUAGCUGUCUCCAGAUUGUAGAUAAAAAUGUAUACUUUUCCCAAGAUAUAUUUUCGUUUAGUUAUCCUAAGACCAUUAAAGAGGUUAAAAAGGGCGCAAUAAACAACAUUAUCACAGGGCUUGAUCUUAUCAAGGUAUGUAUAAGUACAAUAAAUACUUACGUCGUUAGGAAUCUGAUGGUAUCUUUUGAUUUAUAUUUAGAACAUGAUGACGGAACUGGAUGACAUUUACAACAAUUUUUCAAAAGAUACUAGUG